CACACACACACGCACAGAGGGGACAUCAGAGAGUCUUGUUUUCUCUGUGGAGGCUCUCAGCGUGUCCAUAACCCGUGAAGACUUCAUGAAGCUCGUCGCCACAGCAUGUGUCCUGCUGGUGCUUUUGGUGCAUGUGGUGUCCUCGAUCCCUCCGGGCUGCCCGGAGCGCUGUGUGUGUGAUGACCAGCACGUUGUCCAGUGCGCUGAACAAGAUCUCCGCAGAUUCCCAACGGGACUCCCGCUGACCACGCGCCAGCUCAUCCUGUCCAACAACCGCAUCUCUGAGUUACCCGCGUUCGAGCUCAAUUACCUGUCCGACCUCACGUAUCUGGACUGCAGCAAUAACUCCCUCGCGCACAUAUCUCCAUCCACAUUUGGGAACCUGAGAAAGCUGGCGUAUCUGGACCUGUCCUUCAACUCCUUCUGUAAGAUCGAGGAGCAGACGUUCAGCGCGCUGGAGAGCCUGGUGAUGCUGAGACUGACGGAUAACCGCAGGUUGUCAGAGUUUCACCCUCAGGCUUUCUCUCAUGCCAGUGCUCUUCAGGUGCUGGACAUCAGCAGGAACAACCUGAGCAGACUCAACGUGAGCUCCCUCGUGGCUCUAGCCGGGCUCCGGGCUCUCGGGCUCAGCGGGAACCCGUGGCUGUGCGCCUGCGACGCGGAGGAGCUCUGCUUAUGGAUGCACACGGACACCUUUAAGUUUCAAGAAGAGGGACAGACAGUGUGUGAGGGUCCUUCAUACUUACAGGGGCAGCGUCUCUCAGAGUUGGGCCUUUGGCUGAGAAGACAGUGCCAUCCAGGACUGGCUCGCCAGGACUACCUCUUCUUUGUGGCUAUAGGUUUUGUCAUCUUUGGAGUAGGUACGGUACUGGCAUGGGCAGCUGGCAUGGUGAUAGUGCUCUGCCAGCGCUGUGUCAAAUGGAGGAAGGACAGACCAAAUGCUGUCGUGCCCGAGGAAGAAUUUAAACCAGGACAAAGUGGGUAAGGGGGAUUGCGAAAUACUUGAACAUAAACCUGAGUCCAAUCCUAUAAGGAGUACUGAGAGGGAACUGCAUCAGAAAGUGAAGUGACAAUCAUUUUGACUGAGUGACAGAGGUAAAAAAAUCAAGAUCAAGAGCCAGCUGACACAGGCUGCGUCCGCGGGCAGCAUAAGGAGGAAGGAAGGCAACAAGGCCCGUCUGAAUCCAGUGAUCGUGUCACAUUCUGUCUAUAUUGACGUUCAUCUGAUUGAUUUCUGAAGACAGCAUAGAUGUAUCCUUUGCUGCCUAUGAUAUCCCAC